AUGAAUGACCACGUGUACUUUGGACUGUUGCGGAUCGAAGUUCGAGUCUACUACCCGUCUCCGCUAAUGUGCUUCAACUGCGGAACUUACGGUCACCCACGGAAGUCAUGCCAACAGCCUGGUAUCUGCCUGCAAUGUUCUCAACCGUUGCACGUGGCAGAAGGAGAGCAAUGCGAAAAUACACCCCACUGCCUCCAUUGCAAAAACGAACAUUCUGUCAGGUCUCGGGUUUGUCCGAAGUACAAAGAAGAAGACACGAUUAUCCACAUGAAAAACGAUCGUGGCAUCUCGUUUGGUGAGGCCAGGCGCCUAUACAACGAAGAACAUCGUAGAGAAACUAUUGCGCAAAUGAUUCAGAACCAGCUUAAGCAAGAACUUGUUGCAAAAGACCAACUGAUCGCAGCUCUCCAAAAACAAGUUGCUGACCUGGCCAAAGAACUUGCUUCCCUUAAAUCAACACUUCGCGAACCACAGCUACCGCUCGCUCAACGCACUUCGAUUGGAAACCAGGCUUCUACAUCUGGAACAGCACCCAAGACGCAGCACCAAUCCAGGAAAGACAAAGGUUUCGUCAUGCCGCGUGCCAAAUCAAACGAUAAUCUUGAAAACGGAAUCGACAAUAGGAUUCGCACCAGGAGCCGCAGCAACAAGCGAGUGCUGGAGAGCUCUCCGACAGACCGCAACGAAAAUCACGGUAAGCGUGUGUCGCAUCAUCCAAGAACGACGAGUAGUGCGACCAAUUCGGAAACAGGAUAG